UGAACAGAUGAGGAAUUGAUUUUUUGUGUGAUUUGUGUGUGUGCAUUUGUCAAGAUGGACCCUCCAACCCCCCUUGUGGGCAGGUUCGAUGUGGAUGUGGACCUUGGUUUUGCCCUGUUCUUCUUCUUCCUGCUCUGCUUCUUCUUGUUGGUAGCCAUAGUCCGCUGUGCUCAGAUGGUGCUGGACCCAUACAGUGCUAUCUCUGUCACUACACACCAAGAGGAGCAAACGGAGGACUGACAGACGUG